CAACUUAAUGGUGUCUUAGUUUAGCACAUUCAAGAGUACUCCUGCUCAAGUAUACGUUUAUAUAUAAUUAUACUUAAAAAUUACGCUUUUAUUAUAUUAUAUAUAUAAUUUAGCGCUGUGAAAUUGCUGUUUUAUUGCCUUGAAAGUUGCAUUAAAUGCAACAUUCAAGAGACUAAAAGAGCACAACAGACGAGAUCCAAGUGUCACUGAGGGCAUCUACAGUGUCCAUCCAAAGGAGACUGUGCGGGUGGUGGGUGUUGUUGGUAGGGGGUAGGGGGGGUCAUUGAGGUAUACGAGCUCAUAACUCACACACAUGGUCGACCAAUCACCAGAGCCUGCGGGGGCAGAAAGCCGGAUCACUGGAGCAAUUUCACCUGAACCCGAGACGGGAAACGAGCCUCUGACCGUCCCUCUGAGUUCUCACAUCGUAGAUGCACACUGACAGUGACAGAGAAAUGGCCAUACCCCGGAUGUUUAACUCCAACACACCGUUCAUCAUCGUGACCGGAGGAUCUAAACUCUCAUUUCUUGGCAACGAGGACAGCAGCCAAGGUUGUGAGGAGGAAAAGGACUCGCUGGUCCAGGCCAUCGCCCCCCAUCUGAGUCGGGUGAUGCAGCACGGCACUGCCAAACAUGUGGUCACAGAGGGGCAUGACGUGUCCGAGGAGAAUCCCUGCGUCUCCAUAGUCGCACAGGCAGAGAGAGAAGACUUUCAGGAGUUCAGCCCUACCAACACACAGUGCCCUUACUCAAGAUCUCAGCUGCUCAAAAAGCACAGGUCUCUCAGCGGGGAAACUGCCCUCGUGAGUGACACAGAGGAUGAGGACUUCGAUGUGGAUGCCAGACUCCCACACUACCACCUCCAGAGGAAACAACGCAGGAAAACCAGAAGACGGAGCCAGGACGAAGGGGAACAACCUCCAAUCAUCCGGGGGCUGUGGGUGCAGGAGAUUGAUUGGCUGAAAUCAGCAUACAGAGAGAUGACAUCAUCCACUGAGAUCAUACCGCCUCCUCCUCAGUUUACUGACUCGGUCUCACCCCCCUGCAGCCGUGGAGACCUGCACUCCUGCAUAUGUGAAGGCUGCAGCUGUGCAGAUGUGUGCGAGUGUGCCAGAGGAUUAGAGGAAGUGUCCCCGUCACAGGAACAGUACAGAUCAGUAGAUACAGACGACACAUCCAGCGCUGGUGACAGAGGAGACUCAGACUCUGAUUGCGGCCUGGAGCAGGACUCUGAAUCUAUUUGGAGUCAUGAAAGCGAGUCAGACUCAUCUUGCGGAGUGGAGGACGGCAUACAAGUAGCAGAUAGUUUUGGAGUUGAAGCCAGAAUGUCACAUUUGACCUUUGACCUCAUGCAUGUGUCUGGUUUUAGCUCCUCCUCCCAUGCUGAGUGGGAUUCUGACUCUACAGGGUGUGUGCAAAGCCUGCUGGGAAAUUCACACUCCACCUACACCUCCAGCACUGUGAAUACAUCUCAAUGUUCCUUUGGUUUUGAUGACAUGAGUGAUAUUGACACAGUUUUGAACAUCCUAAGAGGCAGAGUGACACAUGUGCCAAAGCUCUUUGUUUCACCUUUCUUCAGAGAUUUGAUAAAACAGACUCUGAAUGACUGGAAGACCAGCAAACCUGUCAAUGAAGGACUCAUAUUUCAUCAUCAACUUCAGCCCAACAGUUCUCAGUACAGGGAGGAAGAGGAAUACUGCAUUCUUCACCACAUUCAGAACGGCUCAUACGGUGAUGUAUUCUGUAUUCGGGACAAAAGCACUGGAUUCAAAUGUGCUGCCAAGAGGAUUCCACUGAGUCACCUCAGCAGCGAGGAGGUGAGCACGUGGAGCGCUCUGAACUCUCCUCGUGUUGUGGAGCUCUUUGGGGCUGUGAGGGAGGGGCUCAACAUUGUGCUCUUCAUGGACUUGAAGCCAGCAUGUUUGGCCCAGCUUCUGAAAGAGAUGAACACCCUACCUGAGGAUCUGGCCCUGCACUACCUUCAUCAGUUACUGGGGGCACUAGAACACCUGCACCACAGAAAGGUCCUUCACUUGGAUGUCAAAGUUGACAAUGUGCUGCUGUCUGCAGACUGCAGAGACACAUUCCUCUGUGACUUUGGUCUCUCAGAGACAUUAGAUGACAACGGAUGGAGCACUAAGGCAUUCAGGGGAGCUGCCUUCCCCGGGACGGAGACCCACAUGGCCCCCGAGGUGGCACGAGGGGAACAACUCUGUGCUAAGGCGGAUGUGUGGAGCAGCUGUUGUAUGCUACUGCACAUGCUUAACGGAUGCCACCCAUGGAUACGCUACUACUCCCAUCCACUGUGUCUCCAGAUUGUCAAUGAGCCUCCGCCACUAUGGGAGGUGCCGUCCAACUGUAACAAUUUCACGGCCAAAGUGUUCAGGGCCGGACUCCAGAAAGACCCUGACAGACGAGCAUCGGCAAAGGAGCUCAGGAGGAAAACCACCAAGGCCCUCAGAGCAGUUGGAGGUCUGAGUCCCUGGUCCGUCAAAAGUGCCUGUGAGAAUCUGUAUCAUGGCAAGAGCCAGAAUGAAGACACCCCCUGCUCUUUGUCACCUGGAAUCCCCUUCACCCCAACUAAACCAUCAGCUGCCGUCUCAGCACCCACCAUGUACUGGGUGAGCCCCUGGAGAACUACAGCAGUGGACGAGGACAGCAAUGACUGGAAAGAUGGUGACUCAGACUCUGAAGUGGAGACAGAUUCCUUAACUAGGGAAUGGGAGUCCCAGCCAAAAUCACUGCAGGAUGAUUACGCUGCAGAUGGAAAAGACUGGGACACCUGUUCUGAUUCAGAAGUCGAUAUAUACAUGGGAGAGGAGGAACAUAUUCAGGAAAAGUGGCUGAAAACUGACAGGGACUAUGAGGGGGAUUGGGAAGAGGAAGGAGAUGAAGAGGAGGAGGAAGAAGAGUGGGAAUCUUCCAUUUCUACAGAGUAUCUCCGUGCUCUCCGAGGCCUUUUCCCUUUGCUGCAAAAAGGCCAACAGACAAAUGACAAUUCAUGGGGAUCAGAACCAGAGCUGGAAUACCUCAGAGACGAUGUAGCUGUAGGCACCACAAUCCAGACCCCAUCCCCUGAACCUCGAGAUGACCCUCCGUCCUGUUUCAGCUGCUCCGACACGUCGCAGAUGGAUGCCUCAGAGAAGGACUCUGACCAUUCGUCUGAUGAUCUGAGCUCUGGAGUCUUUUCCUCCUGCAACAGUCAGACAGACGGACACCUGGAGUUGUUGGCCUUAGCAAAUCAGCCCUCCUCGUACUGCUUCGAAGGUGUUGACAUCUGGAUUGAGAACGUCCAGGGUGAGUGUCUGAGGAUUCGUGAACGUCGGCAGGUCAAAGUGGGCCAUGUUGCUGUAGGAAUCAGUGAUCAGAUCUCGGGGAAAGCCUUCACGCUGGAGACCCUGGACAGGAAGACGGUGUCCUUUGAACAAGAGAUCAAAGAGUCUGGUCUGUGGCUCCGCUGUGUUCCCGCUCCUGACAGAUGUCAGCGCUGGAGGUGGAGAGUCAGAGACGGCAAGCUGGAACUUCGAGGAUGAGACGUCGUCGUUUGCACUAACUAAGGCAUUGAUUGUUCUAAAGCCAUGUGGACAUGAAGAUGCGUACAUGUACCUGUAGAUGCUGUGCUGCUGAUAUGAUGGCUUUUCCUGGGUAAAAAUAGGACAGCAGUGCUUUUGGUAGGAAUUUGAGAUUUGUGAAUUUCAUCAAUCUGUAUUUCAAGAUGUGAUUUUAAAGCUAAUUUUCUAUUUGUAAAGAUGCUUUUCUUGCUUUUCUAAAGGUUUAUUAUUAUUUUUUUUAUCUUGCCCUACAUUAUAUGCUCAGUUUCAGUUGUUGUUGUUGUUGUUUGGUGCCUUUUAAGGUGUAGAAGGAGUGAAGCUGCUUAAAACAAUGAAUAACUCAUAAUAUAACAUGAGCAGACUUUAAUACUUGAACGUUACUGACAUUUUAUAUCUUAAUAAAAAAUGACCUUCUAGGCAAAGAAGCUGCUCUCUCCUGCCACCUCUGCUUGUUUUCCAGUCGUCGCCUCCUUCAUUCAUUGUGUCCUCCAGCUUCAGUCCACACAGGAGGAGAGUGUUUGACUAUAGGAGCUGAAGAAUGCCUCUUAUAGACCAGGACCAGAUCUAAAACCUAUCAGAAACAUUUACAGCACUAGUAAAGAAACUAGCCUUGUGAUCUUAGACACGUGGUUUUUCAGACAUUUUAUUCACAUCACAUAGGCACAUGUAGCUUUUGGACAUUUUGCAUGUGAAGUGUUUUCAUUAAGAUGUGAAAUUGUUAUUAAUUAUUAUAAUUCAGAUAUGAAAUGGUUCAGAAGGGCGACUGAGCUGCCAGUGAGGACACUGAGGUCAUGUCUGGGAAUUUAUUGUGUUUUUUUUUUUAGGAAACUGGAGGGUGUUUAACUUAAAUAAUUAAAACAUUUGGUGGAUAUUUUAUGAGCUGAUUCCAUGAUUUUGUCAUACUGUAUAUUUAAAUUCUACCACCUUUACGCCACUAAAUAUGUAAACAGAUAAUUCAGUAUUUCCCCAUCAGAAUUUUAUCACCAACAUUUAGAUCUUUGUGUUGGGAAAUAAUAUUUACAGAAAUC